GCCGCAGCUCUGGGCCGGGCGCGGUGGUGCUUCCCUCCGCAGAGCGGGGCGCGCCGCGAUGAGCUGCGAGCUGGUUCUCUGGCUGCUGGCGCUGGGCGCGCUGCUGGCGCUGGGGGUGCAGCUGCUGCGCUUCGUGCGGGCCGACGGCGACCUGACCCUGCUGUGGGCCGAGUGGCAGGGCCGACGCCCAGAAUGGGAGCUGACUGAUAUGGUGGUGUGGGUGACCGGAGCAUCAAGUGGGAUUGGUGAGGAGCUGGCUUACCAGCUGUCUAAACUGGGAGUUUCUCUUGUACUGUCAGCCCGAAGAGUGCAGGAGCUGGAGAGGGUGAAAAGAAGAUGCCUCGAGAAUGGCAUUUUAAAAGGAAAAGAUAUACUCGUUUUGCCCCUUGACCUGACUGACCGAAGUUCCCAUGAAGUGGCUACCAAAACAGUUCUCCAGGAGUUUGGUAAAAUCGACAUUCUGGUCAACAAUGGUGGAGUAUCCCAGCGUUCAUUGUUUGUGGACACCAGCAUGGAUGUCUACAAGCAGCUAAUUGAGCUUAACUACCUAGGGACAUUGUCCUUGACAAAGUGUGUUCUGCCUCACAUGAUGGAGAGGAAGCAAGGAAAGAUUGUUACUGUGAAUAGCUUCUUGGGUAUCAUAGCUGCACCCCUUUCUAGUGGAUAUUGUGCCAGCAAACAUGCUCUUCGGGGUUUUUUUAAUAGCCUCCGAACUGAACUUACUGCAUACCCAGGUAUAAUAGUUUCUAACAUUUGCCCAGGACCUGUGCAAUCAGAUAUUGUGAAGAAUGCCCUAACUGAAGAAGCCUCAAAGACUAUAGGCAGCAGCACAGGCCAGUCCUACAAGAUGCCAACCAGUCGUUGUGUGCGGCUGAUGUUAGUCAGCAUGGCCAAUGAUUUGAAAGAAGUUUGGAUUGCGGAUCAACCUUUCUUGUUAAUUGCAUAUUUGUGGCAGUAUAUGCCAACCUGGGCCUGGUGGCUAACCAACAAAUUGGGGAAGAAAAGGAUUGAGAACUUUAAGAGUGGUGUGGAUGCAGAUUCUUCUUAUUUUAAAAUCUGGAAGACAAAACAUGACUGAAGGUGUACUUGGAUUUCUCAAGCCAUUUGAGGGAGAAAUGGAAAACAUGAAAACAACAAUCUUCUUAUAUACUGAAGACUAAUCUGUAAUUUUACUUUUGGAUACAACUUUCAACAUGCAAUAAAUAAUAAAAGAUUGCCAUGAAUCUUGCAAUAAAGAUAUUAACAUAAUA